AUGAUUAUAUGGACUUUUUCUAUAGGUACUGUAGCCUCAGAGGUUCGACUCUUGUGUGAUCUAGAGCAAUCUGAACCUUCAUGGAGUGUUAGACAUGUAGGUGGUGCAAUGAGGGGUGCAGGUGCAGAGCAAGUUUCUGUUCUAGUUAGGUCAAUGGUGGAAAGCAAAACAAGCAAGAAUGCACUUCGCUUGUUUUAUGCACUGGGGUACAAGUUUGACCAUGAGCUGCUGAGAGUGGGAUUUUCCUUCAAUUUCUACAGGGGUGCACAAAUCACUGUGACGGUUGCAUCAAUCAAUAAAAUGCUGAAGCUGCACGCAACUGAUGAGGCCGUGCCAGUAACACUUGGUAUACAGAUGGUUGAAGUAAUAGCACCCGCAACUUCUGAAAACUAUACUGAAGUUGCUACUGCUAUGUCAUCCUUUUGUGAAUACCUUGCACCGUAAGUAUCUUUUUUCUUU